ACCACUUUCAUUUCCACUUACUUUUUUACUUUCUCUCUUUUUCUCUUCAAGUAGAAGUGCAAAUGGAAGUAGGAGUGGAAAUUAGAAAAAGUGUAAGUGGAAAUGGAAAUGAAAAUUGUAAAAAGUAGAAGUGGGAAUGAAAAGUAGCAAAAGUGGAAGUGGGAUUGGAAAUGAGAAAAAGAGGAAAUGGAAGUGGGAGUGCGUGGAAAUUAGAAAAUGUAAAAGCGAAAUUGAUAAUCGAAAACAAAACUUUUACGACAAACAAGUCAUGAACCAACAACUUCUCCACUUUUAUUUAAAAAAAUUCUAAUCAUAUUAAAACAUGGAACCAAAGGAGGACAACAAUUAUCAUCUUAAAUUUGGGCAAGCACCAAUGGCUUCAUUUGAAGAUUUCAAUGACGAGGCAGAUAAUGUUGGAAUUGGUCGAGUCACUAUUACAACUACAAAAAGUUCCCUACAAACUUCAAGCACGCCCAGGAUUGAUAUAAGUCGAGCUAGCAGCUCAUCACAUCACGAAGAUAGCUGUAAUUCGAGGGAAUCAUCACCAGAAAGAGAACUUUUAGCAGGAGGUGAACCACCUGAUGGAUGCAAAAUUCGAUUAAAUUACAAAGAAGAUGAUCAAGAUUUAAGAUCUUCUACAGAAGAAUUGGAUCUGCCAGAUCCAAUACAUGAACAGGAUUUUAAGAGAGAAGCUAAACGAAGUACGAAAAGACUAAAGGAUGAUAAACUUCAUUCUGAAUACUACAUUUCAAUGAAAGCUCAAGAAAGAGAGCGUAAAGAUAGCAACUGCUCUGAAAUAAUUUUGCUAAAUAUAAGCGGAAGAACUUCAAGGUUGUCAUCUGUUGGGAGUCAAGGGUCAGGACAUUCUGGAAAAAUGUCAGUGGCAUCGAAUGUGUCUUCAAGGUCACCAAGUCCACAUAAAUGUCUAUUAGAAACAUCUUUUUGUGGACACAGCCCAACGCAGUUUAAUAAUAUAGAACCAACCAAAAUUGAAUCAGAAGAUAUAGAAAAAAUACUUUUAGAAAGAGAAGCUGAUACAACUAAAGCUUUAAUUCCAAGUGAUAUAAAAGUUCAAACUAUGGGAGGAAAAUUUAAGCCAGAUCCACUUGAUAAACCUAGAAGGCGUGGACGUGAGGAGCGAAAAGAAUUUUUCAGAAGAGAAGUAGAAAUUACAAAAAAAGUACUUGAAGAAGCUAAUAUAGAGGUGCGCGUUAUUCGAAAGGAAUUACAAGAAGAUACUCAAAAAGAAAACAGUGAAAAUGAAUUAUUAAAAACAACUGGAGAUUCAUAUAGUUCAAUGCAUAAUCUUCAUACUAUGAGAAGAGGUACAAGUGGCUCAAUAAGGGAUUCUGAUGUUGACUCUAAAGACACAAAAAAGAACAGUUUUGUUUCUUUAUUCAAGGGAAAACAUGGUAGUGAAUUUACUGAGCCUCAAUCACCUUGCAUUUGUUCUAAAACACGUCGAAAUUCAUUAGUUAAAAGAAAGGGAUCAUUUGAUAAUCUUAAGAAGUUUCAUAAAUGUCGUGAAAAGUUAAGUACUGAUCAAGGCCGACCAGUUACAAUUGAGACAAGAAGUAGAAGUCUUUUUUCUUCUACAUUAAGUAUUUUUAGAAAGAAAGAACGAAAGAAAAAUUUUGAAGCUACUUCAAAGAAUGAAGAGAAUAACGAAAAAGUAACGUAUUCUACUUUAAAUUGCUUAAAAGAUAAAGAACUAUCUUCUAAAUUGGACGAAAAUUCAACAGACAACCAAAUUAAAAUUCAAUAUUGUUCUACUAAAUUUAAUGAAAGUGAAAAAGUUUUACCUUCAGAAAGCAUAUCAAUGCCUAUAGAAAGUCCAACACAGCUGUUAGAAGAAUAUGAUUUACAGCAUAGAUUAGAUAAAAAUUAUAAUACCACUGAAAAUUCUAAUAUAAGUAUUAAAGUUGAUACUCACUGCCGCAUGAAAUAUUCUCCUAAAUAUGUAGGACAAGAAGCAUCAAAUAAUUUGGAAAUAUCAGCGCCCACUAGUAAUGAGAUAGAAUGUAAAGAACAUACAAAUCCUGAUUGCGAUGACCACAACUUUGUUCUUAAUUUUGGUUCUGCAAAGAGAGGUAACUUGAGAGUUAAAAGAAGAUGUAAAGAAAAUCAAGAAAGAAUAGAUAUAUCAUCAGAAGAUAGUAUUGAAUCUGUUUACGCUAGUUGUCAAAAAAUUCAAAGAAGGAAGCAUCUUAUUCAUGAGCAAGAUCAAAUGUCAUUACAGUUUCUAAAUCAAAUGCAAAAAGAACGCAAUGAAUUAGAAUUAGAGCAUAAUAGUUCUGAAUCUGAAAAAGAUUCAGAAAUUGAGUUUAUAAAACAAAAAUCAGCAAGAUGUAUUGAAGGCGCUUCUGAUGAAGGGAGAAGUUUAUUUUAUGACGAAAGCUUUGAAGAAGACUAUUGUGUACUGCCUGCAACUAUAGUAAAAGAGAAUGACAAAUGUUUUAAUAUGUUACCUACUAGAGGAAGACAACUAGAAUUGAGAACAGUACCAAUUGAGAGACCUCGAUCGGCGACACCAAUUAAUCCAACACUGCUUGAUAAUUUCGUAAUGCACACAUCUUUGGACGAACCAUGCACCGAAAAGAUGAAAAUAUUUUUACCAAAAGCAGAACAUUGUAAGACAAAAAGUCAUCGUAAGAUGUCUGCUAACACUUUUAUUGAAUUUGCGGGUAAAGUUCAGGAUAAUGUUCAGAAAAAUAUAAAUAAGAAUUCAAGGUCACCAUCGAUACCAUUAAAGUUACUCAAUGCUCAACCCAGUAAUUGGAUUAAUUUUGAUGAGAUUCCAGAAAAACGAAGAAUUCCAAAACGAAUUCAGACAAUUCCUCAAGCAGAAGAAGAAGACAAAAUUAAAACUUUCAAUUAUGUGCAACCUGAAGAAUGCAGGUGUAACUGUCAUGACAUGCCAGCAGAAGUUUCGAUGGAAAAAAAUGGUGAAAUGUCAUUACUCGGACAGUCUUGCACAAACUCCGGUGGGCGUUCAUGUAGUGGCGAAAACUGUAUCAUAAGUAGAAAUUGGAGUGAUCGCACAACCAUUUUCAGUGACAGCUCUUUAGAAUGUGGCAGUAUCUUAGAAGAUUCAUCAUUACCAGUAACACCAAAGCCGUCUAAACCAUUCAGUAUUGAUCUAGACGUAACAUCUAAUAGAUCAAGCAUUAUAUCACAAGAAGAAUCAGAUGGUACUUAAAAAAAGUGUUUCAUCUAUUAAUUUAAGGUCGAAUGUUUAAUACUGAAUCUAAAUUUACAAGUCAUAAAGUAUAUAAUACACUUUAUGCUUCAAGACAAAAGCCUUGAAAAUGUUAUACACUAAUGAACAUUUUUAAACUUGUUAUAAAUGAUUUAGUACCUGACGAAAAAAAGUGCUGUAUAUUUAUAUUAGGAUUGCAAUCGCUUGAUUUUCAAAGAAAAAUAUUAACCUAACUUGCAAUAUGGCAUUGUGUACUUUUAAUCAACAUUACUCUACUUCUGAUAAAAUCUUAGAAAUAAAAGUGGAUUCGAAAUCCUCGUGGAAGUAUUCAAUUUAUUUAAGAUAAACGAUUUGAAAAUUUAAUCAUUAUUAAGAAUGGUUAUCGUGUAGAUGUUUAAAAUUUUUUUAUUGAUUUAUAUUUCUCACUUCUACAGUAUUUAAAGAAUCUGACUGAAAUAUAUAUAUUAUUUAUUGAUGUAAUGUAUUAAUUUAUAUCAAAUAUUAUCUUUGAAAAAAUCGCUCUUAAAAGUUCAGUUAUUUUUAUUUACACUUAACCGCAAUUCGUAAUGGCUUUUUGACCAAAUAAUCCCAUUAGAUUCGCACGUUUUAAGAAGAAUAUUAAACCUAACACAUUAAGUUUUUAUUAUUAUUUUGUGGAGGAGUUUCAGCUCUAUGUCAGCAGAAACUUAUUAUUUUUUACUAAUUCAACUUUUUAUAUUAAUAGCUUUUAUUAGUCCUUAAUUUUUCAAUAAUUAGAACCCAGUUGAAAAUUCCUUUACAAGAUCCUGUACAGGAAAAUUUGUAAAACUUUAAACGAUGUACAAUUGUCUUUAACUAAACUGCACCCUAGAAGAAAAUCACGCUUUGUGCUUUUAGCGGUCUGUUAGACCGCUAUUCCUUUUGUGUUUUUCUAGCGAUUUAGAAUUAUGUAAUGACAACUGUCGUAUAUAUUUUUAUUUUUUACAUUAAAAAGACUAUUUCUAUAAGCAGUUGGGAAAUUCAACGUUUAAUAAACUAGAUAAAGAAAUAAUUUCAGGAGAGAAGGGAGCUGAGUAUUGAGGAAAGUAUGUUCGGAAUAAGGAAAGUAAAGAAAUUUUGGCUAAAAUGAAAUGCUUGAAAAUUACAAGAGGAAAAAGUUAAAAAAAUUAUGAUGGAGUGGAAAGGUGGCAGGCAGGAGGAGGAUUUGAAGGAACAGCUUGUUGAGACUGAGAGAGGAAAUUUUAGAGUUGUGUAUUUUUGUAAAAAAUGUAGAAAAAAAGUUAAGAGGAGACCUAAUGUAGCACGGAAUAUUGCUUGAAUAUCAAGGUGAUAUCAAGAUAUUCGUAUGAUACCGAGGGAAUAUUCCCGUAAAAUUCAUGUUAUAUUGAGGGGAUAUCCCCGUGAUAUUGAGCGGAAUAUUCCUGUGAUAUUGAGGGAAUAUCCGGUGAUAUAGAGAGAAUAAUCCUGUUAUUUAUAAAAUUCUAAAAUGUUUGUUUUGAUUGUUUUGAAUAUUUAAAUAAAAAAAUAAAUAAAUGA